CUUCAUCUCUACGUUCAUAUUAAAAUUCCUCAGCAUGGGUUCGCGGCAAAUAACAGAGAAAUCACUGUCUAUGUUGAGGUCGUUACCAAGAAUCACGCUAGCAAAUAUUCGUGAUAAUCCGGGGUCUAAAAUAACACAAAAAAGAGGAAGGGGUCAACACGGGGGUGACAAACAUGGUGCAGGCAAUAAAGGUUCUGGACAACGUCAAAAUUAUAUGAGACUAGGUUAUGAAACUGGAAACAACCCAUUUUAUCUUCGUAUUCCUCAUGAGAAUUACUAUAGAGGACACCAUUUGAAAAGAGAGUAUCCUCCUAUGACACUUUUGGAGUUACAAAAAUUGAUCGAUAGAAACCGAGUAGACAUAUCUAAACCCAUUGAUAUUGCCAGCUUGAUAAAAUCUGGGUUAUACACAUUGAAUCCUGACCAAAAGCAUUUUGGUGUUAAUUUAACUGAUGAUGGAGCUGACAUAUUUGCUGCAAAAAUUAAUAUAGAAGUACAGUGGGCAAGUGAACAAGUUAUUGCAGCGAUUGAGAAAAAUGGUGGUGUUAUUACUACAGCCUACUAUGAUCCUCACAGUUUAUUUAUAUUGAAAAAUCCUCAAAGGUUUUUUGAAACUGGUCAAGCUAUUCCAAGAAGAAUGAUUCCUCCGCCCGAUGCCAUUGAAUUUUACACCAGUGCUGCAACACGUGGUUAUUUAGCAGAUCCAGAAAAAAUAUCUCAAGAAAGAUUAAAAUUGUCUCAGAAAUAUGGAUAUACACUUCCAAAUUUAGAAAGUGACCCACAAUAUGAGAUGUUAACAGAUAGAAAGGAUCCUAGACAAAUAUUUUUUGGAUUACAGCCAGGGUGGGUAAUUAAUUUGAAAGAUGAAUGCAUUUUAAAGCCAAAAGAUGAAGAAUUAUUACAGUUCUAUUCUAUGUAGUUAUGUAAAUUGAAUAAAUAUUGUAAGUACUAUGGA